GCUGCUUGUUGUCAUUUGUUAGCUCUGCGGCUAACUUAGCCGUCCGGUUUUUUCUCUCCAACACACUUUGAUCCAGCAGGAUGUUAGGAUGGAGUGGCGCCCAGUUCUGCCGGACAGCCUGGUGUUGGAGAUCUUCCUGCGUCUGCCCCAUGAAGCUGUGCUGAGAGCUGGUCUGACCUGCCGGCAGUGGCUGGCUGUCUCCAGAGAUGAGUUCUUAUGGAGGGAGCUGUUCUACAGCUACUACCGCAUCCCCCGCGACGUGCCCCGACACCCAGCGGCCGUGUCGUGGUACAGGGAGUUCAAGCGUCUAUUCGAUUGUAUCCCGUGUGUGGAGGUUCAGACGUUGAGAGAGCACAGUGACCAAGUCCUCCACCUGGCUUUCUCUCACAAGGGUCAUCGGUUCUCCUCCUGCUCCAAAGACUGCACUGUUAAGCUGUGGGACACGGAGCGGCCAGAUGGAAACAUCUCGCUGGUGCACAGUUCCAGUAUGCGGCAGUUCAACUGGGGCUACACCCAGUUCUCCCAGUUCAACGCUGAUGACACUCUGCUGCUUGUGUCUGGCGUCUACCUGGGCCCACACCACUCUUCGUCAGGGGAAAUCGCUGUCAUCAGUCUGGAAAAUUACACACUGUUGUCGCGGGUGAGGAACAAGCCGUAUGACGUGUUUGGCUGCUGGCUGAACGAGACCCACCUGAUCUCUGGGAACCUGCACUGGAUAGGCAACAUGACGUCUUGCUCUGUGCUCUGGCUCAAUAAAGCCUUCCAGGAUAUUGAGUCGGAGAACGUCAACGUGGUCAAGCGCCUUUUCAAGAUCCAGAACAUCAACGCAAGCACCAUCCGCACAGUGAUGGUGGCCCACUGCCAGCGUCACGACAACCCUGACUUACUGCUGGACUACGAGGCUCAGUCUCAGGCUCAAAGGCAGAAAGGCCCUCAGCAGCAGCACCAGCCCCUCCUCUUUGACCUAGGAACCUCUGGCAGCGAGGAAGAAGACGAGGCAGAGGAGGGUGAUGAGUACAGGAAGGAAGGAAGGUCUCACGGCCUGCCCAAUGCUCGCCUUCCCCAGCCCACCUUCUCCGGCCUGGACCAUGUCAUACAGAGUCGUAAGAAUGUAGGGCGCCGGGAGUUAGAGAUCGAGACCCACGUAGCGAAGAUGAUGGGCAAAGCUCACACGAAACCCCCCGACUCAAACCUCAUCGAUCCUUCUGAGCCUGGAGACGGAGAGGACAAGACUUACUUACUCUUUACCACCGGCAGCCUUACAUACUCCCCCCACCAGAUAGGUAUUAAACGGAUCAAGCCCGACCAGAUGACCACAUGUGGUCCUGUCCUCGGGGAGGAGCGGAGUUCAGACGAAUUUUUUGACUCCCUAGACCAUGUCAUUGAUAUCCACGGGCACAUCAUCGGUAUGGGACUUUCUCCAGACCACAGGUACCUGUAUGUGAAUAGCCGGGCUUGGCCUGCCGGCUGCGUGAUCUCUGACCCCAUGUGUCCCCCUCCCAUUGCCGAGGAGAUCGACCUGCACGUCAUCGACCUGAAGAGUCUGAGGGAGGAGAGAAGGAGUCUGCGCGCUCACCGAGCCUUCACGCCUAACGAUGAGUGCUUCUUCAUCUUUCUGGACGUCAGCAGAGACUUUGUUGCCAGUGGAGCAGAGGACAAGCACGGCUACAUCUGGGACCGUCACUACAACAUCUGUCUGGCGCGGCUGGCACACGACGACGUGGUGAACUCGGUGGCGUUCAGCCCUGCCGACCAGGAGCUGCUGCUGUCCGCCAGCGAUGACUCUACCAUUAAGGUGUGGCGUUCGCCGCGCAUGGUCCGUUUAGCUCAGAACGCCGCGCGGCCCCCGAGGCCCCGAAGCCUCCUGACUUCCUGGCUGAGCCGCAACAAGAACGGCACAUCUGCCGGCAGCGUCAACGGGAAACCGUGAGUCAGGUUGGAAAACACUGAAACACAGUGGGAGCGAGUGGUGAGAGGAAAGUGUGAUGUUUUUUUCCUCUAUGGUGUGAAUAUAUACACACACUCCAUGUAUAUGAUCAGUGUGGUUACAGCAGCGCUCAGAGAGAUGGAGCGAGAUGUGACUCAGGGUCAAACACAAGGGGGCGCCGUUUCACAAAGCAAAAGACAGACAUCAUCACAGACUGUGUUGUGCUGUUGUAGUGUAUAGCUGACACCUAAAUGCACAAAAAACACGUCCAAACAAACCUGCCCCCCCCCCCUCCCCCCCCUGCAAGAUGUUUUUUGUCAGUUUUUUUAAAUCUGUAACGUUGUGUCUGAGCAGGUCCCUGGACUUCUGGACCUGAGCUGUAAAUGUAUGUGAAUGUACCACAGAGACGGGACCUUUAUGAACGUGGUUGUCGUGUCCUGCUCAUCAGAAGCAAAGUGCUGUGACUGAAAAUGAUUUCAUUUCUUAGUUAUGGAUAAUAUCCAGUUGAUGUCUUGAGUAUAGUAAACCCCCUUUAUAAACUGUUUUUCCCCCAAUUAUAAAAUUAUAAAACCAAAAGGGAAGGACAUUUUUUUUAGCUGCAUUUCCUGCAGUCUGCCUUGGUUUUUAAUGACGUCCCAUCCCAGAAAUGAUAGAUCACUCUUCUGUUAAAAGUAGAAUAAUUGAGUAAUUGAAUCUAGCAGAGUUACUGAGGAACAAGUUGGUGUGAAGCAUGAGUGUGUAGCUAAUUGUUAUUGGGCCUAUAUGAUGUAGAAAUGUAUUUAAAAACACCUUCUGCACCCUUUAAUUUGGACUAAAAAUCUUUUCUGACGAAGGAUUAAUCUCCUGGAACUUUUUUAAUUUUAAUAAAAACAAUACGUUUUCUUUCCUCAACACAUUUUGUUUAGUCCAAGCAGAUUUUUUCCCAUUUGAAGUGUAAAAUCUCAGCAUUGAGUUUUGGGACAUCUGCAUGUUGGACCACAUAGAGCCCCGCUGAACACAACUACUUACAGGUGUAUUAGAUGUUGCUAGUUUGAUGCCAGCAGGUCAACAAGGAGGUAAUUACACCAUCCAUGUUAUAUUAAAUAGUGAGCACAUUAGACACACUGUAGAAAAAGAAAUGUUUGAUUAAAUAUUUAUAUACUUUAUAUCCCCUUUAAGAUGCAUGUAUUGGACAACACAAUCGUAAUUGUGAACUUUAUUUAUAACUUAAAAUAUUAAUAAAUACAUGCAGUAAAUUAAGGCUGACUUUCACAGACACAUUUUGAAUUAAAAAAACAUGAUA